AUGAGCUGCCCAUGGAUUGAGAGUAGAGCUAAGAAAGAUGAAGAAAAGACACUCAAGUAUGGGCCCAUGAUGUGGGAGCUGAAGCAGAGAUACAAUGGUUACAGGGUUGAACAGUACAACGUAAUAAUUGGCGUACUGGGGGGUUACUCUAAACACCUAGAGAAGUCGGUGAGGAAGCUACUUGGAGCGAGAGCACGGAGCGUACUUGAGCGGAUGCAGAAGUCGGUCAUCUCAAACACUUUAAACAUUGCCAGAACAUUUAAGAUAAAUACUUAGUUAGGGCGCUAUGGACAGUUUUUAGGUUCUUGUUUUUUCUCUAGAAAUCUAGAAACACAAGCUUGCUGACGUUUUUACUUAGAUGUUUUAGAACAUUAGAGUUUGAUAUUAUUAUAAAUAAGUUUUUAGUAGAGAUAGCGAAGGUUUUACAGACUAUCAGAAUUUAAUAAUAUUCUAAAUUGGCUUUUUAAGUAGAGAGAUUUAUAUCACUAUGUAUAAGCUUUUAAUAGAGAUAGCGAAGGUUUUACAGAGUAUCAGAAUAUAAUAAUAUUCUAAAUUGGCUUUUUAAGUAGAGACAUUCAUAUCACUAUGUAUUUUAGGAUUGUAUUAGGUUUCGUAUCGACCUUUUUUUAGUUCUAAGUAUAGCUUCUCAAGUGGUGUAGGUUACGCUAUGCGCCCUAUACUACUCAUAAUGUGGACAGCAUUGCAAAGUUUCAUACUGCGACAUAAUAGUAAUAAUAGUGAAACAAUUCAGUGAUGAUAUUGGUAUGGAAUUUGGACUUGAGAAAUGUGCCAAAGCCAGUUUCAAGAAGGGUAAACUGGCCUCAACUGGAAACAUAGUAAUAGAUGAUGACACAGAAAUACAAGAGUUGGCCCAGGAAGGAGUAUACAAAUACCUGGGUGUAGAUGAAAGUAAUGGUAUCCAGCAUAGCAAAAUGAAAGAGAAGAUAAGAAAAGAAUAUAAUAGGAGAGUAAGAUUAAUCCUAAGAACUGAGCUCAAUGGAAGAAACAAAAUAGAAGCUAUCAGUAGUCUUGCAGUUCCAGUUCCAGUUGUGCAAUAUAGCUUUGGCAUCAUUGCCUGGAAAAUCUCAGAACUGAAGAAGAUUGACACAAAAACACGCAAACUAUUGAACAUGCACAAGAUGUUACAUCCUAAAGCAGAUGUGGAAAGGCUGUACAUCCCAAGAAAAGAUGGAGGUAGGGGCCUGAUUGAUGUAGAAACAGCAUUCAAAACAGCAACAAUAGGGCUUGAUCACUAUCUGAAGCACAAAGAAGGGCAAUAUCUAAAGCAGGUGCUUGAUCAUGAAAGAUCUAAAGCCAAAAAUUCAAUAUCCAAAAAUGCUACUAAAUUCAAAAUUGAAGUAACAAUGCCAGAGAUUGAGAACAGAGAAGAUAAAUCUGCCUCUGAAAAUGCUAAAGCCCUGAAACACGAGUUUAAGUCCAAGAUGAAGUCAAUGAAAGAAGAAAAGUGGAAAAAUAAAGCAUUGCAUGGCCAGUAUCCAAAGAUCCUAGAGAAGCCUCAUUUAGACACAGUCACUACCAACAAAUGGUUGUCAAGUAAUUUGAAAGGAGAAACAGAGGGACUACUUGUAGCGGCUCAAAACCAGGCAAUAAACACCAGAAACUACCAGAAAGUAAUAUGUGGCCAGCAAGUGGAGAGCAAAUGCAGAAUGUGUUCGCAACAUGAAGAGACAGUGGACCAUAUUGUAUCUGGAUGUGAGGUAUUAGCCAAAACAGAGUAUAUCUCCAGGCACAAUAAUGCUGCAGCAUAUCUCCAUUGGAGCAUCUGUAAAGAUCAUGAUAUAGAGAUUACAGACAAAUGGUAUGAACACGAGCCAGAGACCGUGAUGCACAAUAAAGAUAGCAACAUCACCAUCAUGUGGGGCAUGCCAGUCAAUACUGAUAGAACUAUAACAGCGAAUAGACCAGACAUCAUCGUUAAAGAUUCAGUGAAUUCCACCUGCAAACUGAUUGAUAUGACAGUUCCAUCAGAUAGAAACAUCGCACUGAAGGAAACUGAAAAAAAAAGCAAGUACAAAGACCUAGACCUAGAAAUACAGAGAUUGUGGCAUAUAAAAAACCGUAGUGAUCCCUGUGGUUGUUGGUGCGCUUGGUAG